AUGUCUUUCACUACCGAGAAGACCGAUCACGCCGACCAUCUGACAGAUGACAACGUACCUGUAGCUAACGGCGGUGCUACCAGUCCAAAUGGCCAUCUGCAACCUCCCCUCCCGAACAGUGCACCAUUGCCAGAGAGUGCAGUCAAUCCUGAUGUAGCUGGCUCCACUGCCCCAUCUGCAGCUUCGACAAGACCGCCAUCGGCAAUACAUGCGCCUACACAAGUUACCUAUGAUCCCGAAUUCACGCAGCCACCAACUCUGAACUAUUCGCUACGAACAAGGAAGGGAUGGAUCGCAUUCUUUUGGACCUUGGUAGUCUUAGAUUGUGUCGCCAUGCCAAUCGCUCUAUACUUUGGUCUUUGGUAUGGCACAGGGCUGUCGCAUAAUGCCGUCUUCAGUAUCAGUACUGGUCUCCUGGGAACUGUAUCUAUUGUCGAGUAUUUCCUGCGAUUCCACAGACUGUGGAAGCAAGGCUCGACGUGCCGAGUCAUUGGUGCGAGACGAUUUUAUCUCGACUGGUUCCAUUGGAACCUCUCUUUCGCCUGGAUCGCAGUCAUGAUCGAGCUGAUUGUGGGCACUGUACCUGAAGAGCCGCCCAUCCGCCUUUUGGCUAUGCCUGUAUCAAGUAUGCUGUUUGCCUUUGGCGUCCAGCUUCUAGUAAUCGAUGCGGCUCGCAUCAUGGGCUACAAAGCACCUGUUCGGAUUUCCUCACUCCCGCGUGGAUCCCCUCUUCGACCUGGUAUCUACUCUUUGAUCGAAGACAUCGUCGCCGUUGAUGGGUCAGGGGGUACCGAGUUUAGACAGCGGUUGAAUCUGCGCUACCAAGCAAGCAAAGACUUCAGACUUAUGCUCCACCGCAUUACUCUUUUCUGGGCAGCUGGCGCUCUCGGUGCUGCUGUGCUUACCACUGUUCUUAUCUUUACGCUGAGCCGAGAUGCUGCAUACGUGGUCGGUUGGUGUAUUCCCUUCCUGUGGGCUGGAAUCUGGGCUGUCAUUACAACGAAAUGGGUCCAAGUCGGUCUCAAACAUGAGUACGCCAAUUGGUCCGAGACCAAGUGGAAGGCGUAA